UCGUUUUUUAUACCAUAUGCGUCUAUCAGAUGAAAAUUUAUUGGAUUUAAUGGGUCGGUUUCAAGCAGAGAUGGAUAAAGGCCUGAAGAGGGACACAAACCCAACUGCAUCCGUGAAGAUGCUGCCAACUUGUGUCAGGACAACUCCUGAUGGAUCAGAAAAGGGGGAUUUUCUUGCCCUUGAUCUUGGUGGUUCGAAAUUCAGAGUUCUAAGGGUGAAAGUGUCUGAAGAUGGAAAACAAAAUGUGCAAAUGGACAGUCACUUUUAUCCAACUCCUGAUGAGAUAAUAAGUGGAAGUAAAGCUGAACUCUUUGACUAUGUUGCUGACUGUCUUGGUGAUUUCAUGAAGAAACAACAGAUUACAGAAAAGCUUCCACUUGGGUUCACAUUCUCGUUCCCAUGCAAGCAGACCAAACUCGAUGAGGGGGUCUUAAUUUCAUGGACGAAAAACUAUAAAGUGAGAGGGGUUCAACAAACUGAUGUGGUCAGCUCACUGCGUAAAACCCUGAAGAAAAGAAAGUACAGCAAUGUGGAAGUCCUGGCACUGGUUAAUGACACUGUGGGCACAAUGAUGACCUGCGGAUACGAUGACCAAUUGUGUGAAGUUGGUGUCAUUGUAGGGAGUGGUACAAAUGCCUGCUAUAUGGAGAACCUGAGUAACAUUGACCUUGUUGAAGGCGAUGAGGGAAGAAUGUGCAUUAACACAGAGUGGGGAGCAUUCGGAGAUGACGGCUCUUUAGAUGACAUCAGAACAGAGUAUGAUGAAGAAAUAGAUUUGGGCUCUAUCAACCCUGGAAAACAACUAUUUGAGAAGAUGAUCAGUGGUUUGUACAUGGGAGAACUUGUCAGGCUUAUUCUACUGAGCAUGGCAAAGAAAGGCCUUCUGUUUGGUGGGAAGAUCUCUAAUGCUCUCCGUACCAAGGGAAAGAUAGAAACAAGUCAUGUGGCUGCCAUGGAGACAUAUAAAGAAGGGCUGUAUAAUACCAGACAGAUAUUACUUGACCUUGGCCUGCAGCCAUCAGAAGAUGAUUGCAUUGCUGUGCAGCAUGUCUCCACUAUAGUCUCCUUCCGAUCAGCCAACCUCUGUGCAGCUGCUCUUGCUGCCAUCCUCACACGGCUUCGAGAGAACAAGAAGUUAGACAGGAUGAGGACAACAGUUGGAAUGGAUGGAACAGUUUAUAGAACUCACCCCCAGUAUGCUAAACGACUACACAAAGUGGUUAGGAGACUGGUUCCUAACUGCGACGUGCGGUUUCUCCUCUCAGAAAGCGGCAGUGGUAAAGGGGCGGCUAUGGUGACAGCAGUGGCUUGUAGACUACUCUCACAACAUAAGCAAAUUGAUGAGGUUCUAGACUUGCUCUGCAUUGCAGAUGAGAAACUGGCAGAUAUUAAAUUAAGAAUGAUGAAUGAACUGAAAUAUGGACUUCAUAGAGAAACGCAUGGCUCUGCAACAGUGAAAAUGUUACCGACAUAUGUCUAUGGGACACCAGAUGGGUCAGAAAACGGCAAGUUCCUGGCUCUGGACCUUGGGGGAACAAACUUCAGAGUGUUGCUGGUCAAAAUCAGAAGUGGGCGAAGACGCUAUGUGAAAAUGUACAACAAGAUCUUCGCCAUUCCUCUGGAAAUAAUGCAAGGGACAGGUGAAGAGUUAUUUGACCACAUUGUGGAAUGCAUUGCAGAAUUCCUAGAUUACAUGGGAAUUAAAGGUGCUCCACUACCACUGGGAUUCACAUUCUCUUUUCCUUGUAGACAAGAACGGAUUGACAAGGGAACACUGGUUGGAUGGACAAAAGGAUUCAAAGCUACUGACUGUGAAGGAGAGGAUGUAGUAGAUAUGUUGCGAGAAGCCAUCAAGAGAAGGAAUGAGUUUGACUUGGAUAUUGUAGCAAUCGUCAAUGACACUGUGGGGACCAUGAUGACUUGUGGAUAUGAAGAUUCAAAUUGUGAGAUUGGGCUUAUAGCAGGUACUGGAAGCAAUGUAUGUUACAUGGAAGAAAUGAAGAACAUUGAGUUUAUAGAUGCAGAUGAAGGGAAAAUGUGUAUUAACACAGAAUGGGGAGGAUUUGGAGAUAAUGGCUGUCUGUCUGACAUACAGACACUAUAUGACAUACAGGUGGAUGAACAGUCACUCAAUCCUGGUAAACAAAGCUAUGAAAAGAUGACCAGUGGCAUGUACCUUGGGGAGAUUGUGAGACAGAUUCUGAUCGACCUAACUAAAGGCGGCCUCUUAUUUCGUGGACAAAUCUCCGAACGGCUGAGGACAAAAGGAAUAUUUGAAACAAAAUUUUUGUCUCAGAUUGAAAGUGAUCGUCUGGCUCUGCUCCAGGUCAGGAAGAUCCUCCAGCAGCUUGGCUUAGACAGUACGUGUGAUGACAGUAUCAUUGUGAAGGAGGUUUGUGGUGCAGUAUCAGCGAGAGCAGCAAAGUUAUGUGGAGCCGGCUUGGCUGCAGUUGUAGAUAAAAUUCGAGAAAACCGGGGUCUGGAUCAUCUCAAGACUACCGUUGGUGUUGAUGGGACUUUGUAUAAGUUACACCCACAUUUCUCUAGGAUAUUGCAGGAGACAGUGAAGAGACUGUCGCCAAAAUGCGAUGUGACAUUUAUGCUGUCUGAGGAUGGGAGUGGGAAGGGAGCGGCACUCAUCACUGCAGUAGCCAAACGGUUUCACAGUCGAGAGGGAGAGGAAAAGAGUUAACAAAUUGUUUUGCAAAAGUUAUGAUAAACUGCACAUUUCUACGCAGACAAACCAGCAAAGAAAUGAAAUAAAAUACUGUAGCCUUCAUGGCAGAGAAAAUAAUGUUGGAUAUAAACAGGAAUUGUAUGAAUCUCUGACCCAUAGUAUAAAAUCUGAAAAUGUGUCCUCUUGUUCAUAGCUGAGAAAUGUGGGCCUACCACUCACCCGGAGGGCGCCGCACCAGGGCAAGAUCAGCUGCUGCUGCGCCCCCCGCUGCCCGCUGCCCCCCGCUGGCUGCUGU